UUCGGUCCUAGCAACCGGCAGUAGUACCAAUGAUGCACCUUUGCACCAGUUUACAACAAUAAUGGACGUCAAUUCUACUGAACCGCCCUGGUGCCAGCAUUUAAUUCGUAUCAUGCAUUCAUGCGUAGCGUAGGCCAUAGGCUCAAGCGCACGUCAGUUGCCAUAAAUUGGCCUCGCCGGCCCGAGGCUUUCUUCAACUUUCUGCUUGCAAAGUUUCAAUACACUGGAGUGAGUCAGUGAGGUUGGUGAAGCAGAGUGAGGAAAGGAGGAUGGGAAGGGUGGCGCCUAGCGUCGAGGAGGUCGGGGGCGAGCAGCCGCCGCCCGCGCUUGGGCCCGGCGAGACCGUGAGCGGGACGGUGGCCGAGCUGAGGGCGGCGUACGAGAGCGGCAGGACGCGGAGCCUGGAGUGGAGGCAGUCGCAGCUCCGGGGGCUCCUCCGGCUCUUGGCGGAGGAGGAGGCCGCCGCGUUCCGGGCGCUCCGCGAGGACCUCGGCAAGCACCAAGCCGAGGCCUACAGAGACGAGAUCGGCGUGCUUGUCAAGUCGGCGAACGCCGCGCUGCGUGAGGUCGGGAAAUGGAUGGCGCCGGAGAAGGUCUGGGUGCCGCUAAUCGCGUUCCCGGCAAGGGCGCAGCUGGAGCCGCAGCCGCUCGGGGUCAUCCUCGUCUUCUCUUGCUGGAAUGUCCCGUUGGGCCUCUCUCUGGAGCCUCUCGUUGGAGCAUUGGCGGCCGGCAAUGCGGUCGCGCUGAAGCCAUCGGAGCUGGCGCCGGCCACCGCUAAGUUCCUCGGCGACAACGUCGGCAAAUACAUGGACGCCACGGCCGUGAAGGUCAUCCAGGGCGGGCCGGAGGUUGGCGAGCAGCUCAUGGAACACAGAUGGGACAAGGUCCUUUUCACCGGGAGCCCGCGCAUCGCGCGCGUCGUGAUGGCCGCGGCCGCGAAGCACCUGACGCCCGUGGCGCUUGAGCUCGGCGGGAAGUGCCCCUGCAUCUUCGACACGAUCGGCGGCAGCGCGCGGGACCUGCAGACCGCGGUGAACCGCGUCGUCGGGGGCAAGUGGUCGUCCUGCGCCGGCCAGGCCUGCCUGGCCAUCGACUACGUCCUCGUCGAGGAGCGCUUCGUGCCCGUCCUGAUCAAGGCGCUCAAGUCGACGCUGAAGAAGUUCUUCGCCGACUCGGACCACAUGGCGCGGAUCGUCAACGCGAGGCACUUCCAGCGGCUGAGUGACCUUCUCAAGGACAAAUCGGUCGCGGCGUCCGUCCUCCACGGGGGCACAUUGGACGCCAAGAACCUGUGCAUCGAGCCCACGAUUCUGCUGAAUCCCCCACUCGACUCCGCGAUCAUGACAGAGGAGAUUUUCGGCCCUCUCCUGCCCAUCAUCACGGUGAAGAAGAUAGAGGACAGCAUCGCCUUCGUGAGAGCGCGGCCGAGGCCGCUCGCCGUCUACGCGUUCACCAAAAACGCCGCACUGAGGCGCCGAAUCGUCGAGGAGACGUCGUCGGGGAGCGUUACGUUCAACGACGCAGUUGUACAAUACGGGAUCGAUUCGCUGCCGUUCGGCGGCGUCGGCGAGAGCGGAUUCGGGCAGUACCACGGCAAGUACUCCUUCGAGAUGUUCAGCCACAAGAAGGCGGUUCUGACGAGAGGAUACCUUAUCGAGCUGACGGCCAGGUACCCGCCGUGGGAUGACAGCAAGAUCUCCAUGAUGCGACAGCUCUACCGUUACAAUUACGUCGGAUUCGUCUUAACCUUCCUCGGUCUAAAGAAGUGAAAAUUUGGUGGGAAGGAAUUGGUGAUCGCUUUUGUGGAGUUCAAAGUGAGUGCAUUUAGCCCAAGAGACUACUGAUGAGAAUAAAUAUAGACUUAUAUCGCUUAGUGAAUAAGAACAAGAUUUGCAGUUGCUAGUAUAAAGCAGCAAAAAUGUACUGCCUGCAUUAUAUAAGAAAAAUGCGCUACCUGUAAUUUACGUUUCGUCAAGAAACCACCUUUUAAGUAAGGUAAAUGUAAGGUACUAAGGUGCAAUUUCAGUAGUUUUGGGUUGAAUUUCAGCCAACAACAA